UAUUGCGCUCGUACUGUCUGCUUCAUGACUUUAACUCUGCAGGAUAACAUGCAGCUCUGAGCUUCCCAAUUGGCUGAGGCUGCCACCAAUCAGAGCACCGGCAUGUAAGGUGCCUUUAGGUUACACCCAACCCCAAAAAACAAGAGAGCAAGAGAGAGAGAGAGAGAGAGAGAGAGAGAGCAAGCAAAAGAAAAAGGCAGGCACUGGCUUGAUAAUGUUUCUCAGGCAUUUUACCACACUGAGACUCUGAAAUGCUCCCACUAAAAAUGUGCUGUCUGUAAUGCUAUUGUGGGGUAUUGUGGAACAUUUUGCUCCCUCUGGUACGGAUUUGGUCAGUUUGGUACUCGGUCACUGCUGGCAUUCAUACCCCUACCUCCUCCAACUGCCAGUCCAUAUCCUACCGGUGAAGCUGCUGCGCUGACCGGCCACCCUCUCCAAGACCUCUCACCGGGGGAGGGCAGGACGCGGGGGGCUCCAGGGACAGCGGUGGGACCCUCUUCACAUUUCCGUUUUACCGUUUGAUGUUACGAAAAACAGUGGCAUCGAAGGAGAAAGCGGGGGAGAAACGGAGAAAUAGGAAGAGAGGGACUCAGAGGACUCCGAGUGGGGAGGAAGAGCACGAGGUCACAGGAUGAUUUUGGGCAGCAUCAACCGGACGGGGGCGGUCCCGGCGUUUUUGCGCACCCCAACCGUGAUCCAGCCCCACCUCGACAUGAAGCCCUUCCUGCAGUUCCCCAUGGAAACCCCGCCCCCUCCUAGUGUCGGCCUUUUCCACAACUUCAACACGAUGGACCCGGUUCAGAAGGCUGUGAUCAACCACACCUUCGGCAUCCCGCUGGUGAAAACGAAACGGCCUGUCAUCUCCUGCAAUGUUUGCCAAAUCCGCUUCAACUCAGAGAGUCAGGCCGAGGCUCACUACAAGGGUAAUCGGCACGCCAGGAGGGUAAAGGGCAUCGAGACCUCCAAGAGCCGCCCCCAAGACAACGACAAGCCCCCUCCUCCGCCAACCUCCUCCCCCACGCCCCCAGGACCCCUGCCGGCCGUCUCCGAAACUGACCCGGGCAAACAAGAUGACACCCAGCCCCUCCCACAGUUAAAUGGCCCACCUUUGGCCACUGGGACCCUCCCUCUCUCUGCUUCGUCAACACCUGACGUCCCCAUGCUCUCUGCCUCUCCCAUUCUACCCCCACCCACCGCUCCCCUGGUGCCCGCCUCCUCCUCCUCCUCCUCUUCCUCAUCGUCCUCCCCCGGCCGCAGCACCCCCCGCCCUGACCAGCCACCCCAGGGGCCCCUGGCAGCCCCGCCCCCAGCCCCCAGCCCAUCUGAGUCUGAGGAGGACAAGGCCAAGAAGCUGCUCUACUGCUCCCUGUGCAAAGUGGCCGUCAACUCUCUCUCCCAGCUGGAGGCCCACAACAAAGGUACCAAACAUAAAACAAUCCUGGAGGCACGAAGUGGCCUGGGACCCAUAAAGGCGUACCCCCGCUUGGGCCCCAAACCCAGCGCUGAGCAGGGAGGGGGGUCCGUUGACCCCAACACUCAGGAACGCACCUUCCACUGUGAGAUCUGCAACGUACGAGUCAACUCCGAACUGCAGCUCAAACAGCACAUAUCGAGUCGGAGGCACCGCGACGGGGUGGCCGGGAAGCCCAACCCUCUCCUCAGCCGACACAAGAAGCACCGGGUGUCGGACCUAACGUCCUCUCUGUCCUUCUCAAAGGACCUUCCGAAAGCAUUGGGGGCAGGGCUCCUGCCCAGCCCCCUUGCUGUCGCUGCGGCGAUGGCCGCCGCGGCCUCCUCCAACUCACUGGCCCUCCGUGCAGCAGGGCCUGCCCCUCACCCACACCAUCAUCUGCUGCAGGGCCCGCCCCUCAGCCACGCCCUCCUGAGACCCGCCCCGGGGCCCAUUCGCACCUCCCACGGGCCAAUCCUCUUCUCUCCUUACUGACAGACCGUCCAGCUUCGGCCAAUCAGGAGCAGCACUUCCGAAAGCACACUGUGAAGAAACAGCUAUGGAAAAAAAACACUAGAAUAAUCAAUCAGUAAAAUCAUUCAGUGGAGAUAAGUAAGAUGAAUGGAAUCAAAGGUGGAGAACUGUCCCUCUCUCUCACCCUGUUCCUCAACUUCCCUGCACUCCCUGAGACUUUCUGAGUGCUUAACUGUCAGUAGGGGUGUAGGGAGGCAAGAGAAGGUGCAAUACUAAGUUCGACGGGACUCCCUGUAAAUCUCCCCUCCAUCCUCCUCCAUCCCCCUGACAUCAACACUGUAAGGAGUAGUGUAAAAUCAGUCUUAUAUUUGAUACAAGUGUGUACCUUUAGAGACCCAGUAGACACACAGCACAGACGUCAGACUGUUCUAUAUCAAACCACAAUACAGUACAUGUAGGAAUACCCAUCGUUCUGGUUCAGUGUGUGCUCACCCUAUGCAGUUCAACACCAAAUCAAACCUGUUGUUAUGAUAGUAAGGUAGCUGCUUUCAGUGAUGUGAUAAACUUGUAUCCUGCGUAGCUGUACCCUCUGAGACACAGUAGAAUCUGUAGUGCAUCACUCUUCUUCCUGCACCCGAGGACAGGCUACCAACCUCUCCGUGCAAAAACAUUCUAGGUAUGUGAUAAAUAUUAUUGUCUGUGAUUAGUCAUUAGCAAUAUAACUGUGCAGUAACACCCCACUCUAAAACUGAGAAGGGGAAUGGGGGGGAAGAGAAGUCCUACUUUAAAGGGUGAGGGGGAGGGGAAUGGUAGAUCGAAUAUAGAGACGCUCACUGUGUAUCAAAGGAAGAAUCAGGAAGAGGGUAGAUGAGGAAAAAGGGAAACGUGAUUAUAAAGUGAAAUUGUUUUAAAAAUGGAUAAGCGCAGAGAUGAUGCUGGAACCCAGAUU